ACAUUUUUCACAUUUCUUAUUUCAUUCAAACAAGCGCACACCCCACACACACCUUCACACAACAAACAUCAACCACUCUGCACAACCACUACCGUAAUACUUGGUGCAAGCUGAAAGAGGGGGAAAAAAUCUUUUUGAAGAUACCAUAGAAAAACUCGCUCUUCUUGCACAAUUCAACUGGGCGUUGUGGCGUGCGCCUGUAAUCCAAGCUAUGUGGGGAAGUUACAAAUUGAUGCAGAGGUUCGAGGUACGAGCCCUGGUCACGUCUUUCGGAUGGUGACGUAAAAGGUACAGUAUUAGGCAAUCUUCAAGAGGGUUUUAGUGCCAUAGUUGACUCUGAUGGAUCUUGACACUCACAGUUUUCAUGCCUAUUCAGUUGGUAGACAAGGCACCAUGCAACAGCCACAGAUAGUACAUGGAGCACAGAGAGAUGGUGUUGACCUUGAAGUGGACUACAAGGUGAAGAAAGUAACUGACAAGUUCUCAGAAUGCCUACAUAUUGUUGUGAAUGAGCCUUCCCUAGCCUUAUAUAGGCUUCAAGAGCAUGUACGUCGGUCUUUGCCUCAUUUAUCACAAUGCAAGACUGACCUCGCAGCAUUACAGCAAGAAGUACAGGGGAAAUGCUAUGAUGUAGAUUAUGCUACAAGGACUGUUGAUAGUAUGAAAGCAAGUGUAAGACCAUUUACUUCCAUCAAUACCCUUCUUAAGAGUGCUGUAGUCACCAAACAACAUUUGAAUCACAGAGCUUCGGACAGUCUCGAGCAUGGUUACUAUAAAGUGAACUGAAGAGGCAAAGCCAGACUGAGCAUUCGUUCACAGAAAAAGAGUCUGUAAAUGAUCUUCGCAAGAGAGACCGAGAGGUAUGGCUGCAUUAGGAUUUUACAUUCUGUAUUUGAUGCGUGAAUCCAAUCGUCAAGGAGAUUUUCACUUUGUUUGAUCCCAUUUUGUCCAAUCUCUCUUUGGUCUCACCCUUAAUGGUCUAUGCUCAUUCCUCACUCCAACAUUUUGUUCAAUUCCCUUUUUAAGCUAAUCAAAAGUUGACAGAGUUGUAAUUUGGAUGGUGACCAUUUAAAAAUAGGGCAAAAUAGUUAGCCCUAGUGGCUUUUAGACCAGUUUGGUAUUUGGCAACCAGCAAUUGCAUUAGAUUAAUGAAUUGGGUUUGGCCAUAAUGGCAUUGUACAUUAAUGGGAAUGGGGCCCGUUUCAUGAAAGUUGUCAGCACUGACAAGUUGUAUUUCUCCGACAGUUACCAUAGUAACAGUCGGAGACCAGAGCUUCUGAGCCAAUCAAAACCAAGGAUUUCAAUGAAAUUGUCAGCGUUGACAAUUUAGUCAGUGCCGACAACUUUCAUGAAACGCCCCCCCCCCCCGACCUUACACCAAUUGGUUAGAAAGUAAAAACCAUUAUGAACAAAUGCACUUAUAUCCUAUAUGACAAGUAUAAUGGCAUAGAUCCAAAUGCAUUGACUAUCAAUACAUGCCUUUUUUUUUUUUUUUUUCUAGCUUGUGAGAAUCCAUCAAUAUAGGUCUGUCUGCAAAUCUGCCCCAACUUAAUAAAAAUAACUCAUGUUACUAAGAAUAAUUUCAGCUAUACGUUUGUAUUUUGAAGGAUUGCAAUUGUAUAUUUAUCUUCAUCUGACAAAUGUUGAUCUACAGAUUUCAUCUCUUGUGAGUAAACCAAGUAUGCAUGUAGGGUAGUUUGACACUUACUCUAAUUUAAGUUUGAAAAAAAGAGGGGGAAAAGGAUACUUUUUCUGACAUAGUACUUUCUUUGAAAGUUGAGUAUAUUGAAUAUUAUUACUAUGAAUAUGCAUACAUCCUGAUGAAUUGAAUAAUGUAUUUGAAUCCCUUUUCUUUUCUAAGCCUAUUAAAUGAGUCUGUAUAAAAAUACAGACUUGAAUAGGUAAUGCUUGACACUUGAAUGGAAUGUCUUAAGAUCAUUAAUAUUCUUAAUAGUGCUUGGGAGUUUAUUCCACAAAACUGGGGCCUCACGGCUAUAAGCCUGAUCUCCAUAAUGCUUGGUUCGGCUACCCGGAAUCACGAGGGUGAACAUGCAAGCUAAAUGCAAUACUAAUAAUAGGCAGUCAUUAAUAUUAUGUAUUGUGUUUUUAGCUUUGAUAAAGCUCAUAAUACUGAAUCCUUUAUUUUUAAUUAUUAAAACACCAACAUGAUCCAUUAUAAAAAUAAUCAUAAUAACAGUGCUACUGUCAUGUGGAUAUGAUUAACAUUUUCCAUGUUUAACUUAUAAGUUAUAAUAGAUAUUUAGAGCUCUUUGGUAACUUCUUAUACUCAUUACUCCAUAAUUUAGUAUUAACAUUCCAUCCUUUCCCUGCAUAUAUCAUUAGAUAAGCAAUUUAACAUUACAGAGACUGGAUGAUUAUUCCAAUCCUUGUUACACAUAUUUUCUGCACGCAGGAUCGGUAUGCAACGGGUUAAAGUAGAGUAGCAAAACUUCAUAAGUAAAUAUCACCUUGACACCAUAGAUCUACUUCUUUUCCUGUUUGUUUUCUUGGGUCAAUGUGUAGGUUUGUAACUCUUGACAGUCCUGGCUUGCACAAAAGCAUUGUCUUGCCUUUUAACUGUACAAUGUAGUAUUUCCGCCUGUAUUGAUGCAUCUUUGUCAUCUUUCAUCAUUGUAUUUCUUUCUCAUUCAGUGUCUUGAGUAGCAGUGUCGUAAUGUGUUAAUUAGUGAAAAUUGGAGGGGUGAAUUAUUAAGGAAUAUUUUUUUAUGAUGAUGAGUAAAGUUAUUGGUAAUUGCGUUAUUAUUACUAAAAUUCAUGAAAUGCAUUGUACAUACAUGUAAAUGUGUCCCAACUUUGUGUAUAAAAUGUGCAAUUUUAUAGGAAUGUAUUGAUUUAUAAUAACAAUAUAAAUAUAUCAAAAUGUAAA